GUGCGGUUUGGACGCGACUGUGGAAACUGCUUUGCGGGUCGUGGCCAUGUACACUCCGAAGCAGAGCCGGCCACGGUUCAUCCUACGCCCCCAGAAGAAUCGGACAUCCUCCUUACAGGUCCGGGUGGAGGGCACUAGGGGAACCACAAGUGCCAAGAUCCUCGGCCAGACGGACAUCACCAGCUGCCGCGACGACACGCGCCUGAAGGGCUGGUUUCGCAGAUUGGGCCUGGAUCCCGAAUGGGGCCGGGCUUGGCUCCUAGAGGUCCAAGUGUGGUCGCCUGACAUCAAAAAAGUGACCGAAAGGGGCGCUCCAGCUUGGUCGCAAUCGAAAGCACAACAGGACGAGCAGAGUUGGUCUUGUCCUCAGUGCAGCGCCAAAGUUCCUGACAUUCAGAGUGCGAUCAAGGCGCACAAACGAAAGUGCCCCGCCAAGCCGAAGCCCAGAGCCAAGCGAAAGAGCAAAGCCGAUGCGGAGCCAGCGGCCAAGCGACUUCUGGAAGAGUCAUGCCAAAGCCCCCCAGUUCCAGAGCUGGACAGGACAGGUGCUCCGGAACGAGACAGCCGCGAAGCAAGCACUCAGCCAGAGAGGUUUUUCGAACGUCAGGUUCAGCUUCGGUGCGGAAUCCAUGCCCUCAACAAUGCCCUCGGCUUCCAUUUGGUCAACGCACAAGACAUGGUUUAUGCAGCCGAUGCUUUCUUGUUUGAGAAUCCGGAGCUCGCAGACAACGUUCAGGACCACCUUCGGCCUGAGGGAGAUUAUUCGUUCGAAGUCAUGAGCAUGGUUCUCCGCACCAAAGCCAUGGAAGCAUUCGGGCAGUUGCGCUGGCAGAUGGAAGACCGCCGCGCCAGGAACAUCAAAGACCUGGAGGGCUGCGUGGGCGCCGUGCAGCAUCGGAGCGGGAGGCAUUGGGUAGCUCUGAGGCGCUCGAGGGAAACCUUUCUUUUCUUAGAUUCUUUAGAGGCACAGCCUCGGGACCUAACGGUCGGGCAGCUAGAAGAGAUCCUGUCGUCUCACCCAACCUACGCCGUGAGCCGGCUGUAA